AUGGUCCCAGCAGUUCCGGAAAGUGAUGAAGUGACAGUUCUAGUUUAUCAGUCGGUCGACCAAGGGAACGAUCGAGUAGUAGGAGCUAUGAGCCUCAAUGUAUGGAGUCCGACUUUUGUUCCAGGUUGGCAAACUCUAACAGUACCUAUCAGUGGAAGUGGUAGAGUUAAAGGCUACAUAUCGUUAUUUGGAAGGGCUUCACCGACAUCAAUUGUGCUGAUAGACUCAUUCCGAUACAUUGCACCUUCAAUCGAUAAUGAUUUAUGCGUGAUAUAUAAAGAAGAAACUGUCCCCGAAAAGCCUACGAGCACUGCUGCACCAAAUACCACUCAAAAGCCAACUACCACCCAAAAGCCGACUAUUACUCAAGCUACAACUACUAUUCAAGAGUUAACUUCCACAGAAGGGACUGUUGCUACUCAAACCCCAAGUACCACUACUAAGGAAACCACCUAUCAAGAACCAACAACCACUCAGAAGACAAUUACUACUCAAAAUGCAACGUCUCAAGAGCCAACUACGACUCAAGAACCAAGUACUAGUGAGAGGCAACCAAGUACCACUCAAGAGCUGAGUACCACAGUUGAGACCACCAUUGCUGAGAAAGCUACCACCCAAAAUCCAACUACUGCUCGGGACCCAACUACCACUCAAGAAACAACUAUUACUCAGAAACAAACUACUAUACAAGAGGGAACUACAAGUCAAAAGCCAAGUACAACUCACAUGCCAAUUACGACUCAGGAGCCAGCUAUCACUCAAGAGACAACUACUACUCAAAAACAAACUACUAUACAGGAGGGAACUACAAGUCAAAAGCCAAGUACGACUCAGGUGCCAACUACAACUCAGGAGCCAGCUACCAGUCAAGAGACAACUACUACUCAGAAACAAACUACUAUACAAGAGGGAACUACAAGUCACAAGCCAAGUACAACUCAGGUGCCAACUACGACUCAGGAGCCAGCUACCAGUCAAGAGACAACUUCUACUUCUACUCAGAAACAAACUACUAUACAAGAGGGAACUACAAGUCAAAAGCCAAGUACGACUCAGGUGCCAACUACAACUCAGGAGCCAGCUACCAGUCAAGAGACAACUACUACUCAGAAACAAACCACUAUACAAGAGGGAAAUACAAGUCAAAAGCCAAGUACGACUCAGGUGCCAACUACUACUCAGGAGCCAGCUACCACUCAAGAGACAACUACCAUAGAGGAACUAACUACCAUAAAACAGGACACCACAAGUCAAAAGCCAAGUACAACUCAGGUGCCAACUACGACUCAAGAACCAGCUACCACUCAAGAUACAACUACCAUAGAGGAACUAACUACCAUAAAACAGGAAACCACAAGUCAAAAGCCAAGUACAACUCAGGUGCCUACUACGACUCAAGAACCAGCUACCACUCAAGAGACAACUACCAUAGAGGAACUUACUACCAUGAAACAGGAAACCACAAGUCAAAAACCAAGUACGACUCAGGUACCAACUACGACUCAGGACCCAGCUACCACUCAAGAGACAACUACCAUAGAGGAACUAACUACCACAAAACAGGACAACACAAGUCAAAAGCCAAGUACAACUCAAAUGCCAACUACGACUCAGGAGCCAGCUACCACUCAAGAAACAACUACCAGAGAGGAACUAACUACCACAAAACAAGACACCACAAGUCAAAAGCCAAGUACAACUCAGGUGCCAACUACGACUCAAGAACCAGCUACCACUCAAGAGACAACUACCAUAGAGGAACUAACUACCAUAAAACAGGAAACCACAAGUCAAAAGCCAAGUACGACUCAGGUGCCAACUACGACUCAGGAGCCAGCUACCACUCAAGAGACAACUACCACAGAGGAACUAACUACCAUGAAACAGGGAACCACAAGUCAAAAGCCAAGUACGACUCAGGUGCCAACUACGACUCAGGAGCCAGCUACCACUCAAGAGACAACUACCAUAGAGGAACUAACUUCCAUAAAACUGGAAACCACAAGUCAAAAGCCAAGUACGACUCAGGGGCCAACUACGACUCAGGAGCCAGCUACCACUCAAGAGACAACUACCAUAGAGGAACUAACUACCAUAAAACAGGAAACCACAAGUCAAAAGCCAAGUACGACUCAGGUGCCAACUACGACUCAGGAGCCAGCUACCACUCAAGAGACAACUACCACAGAGGAACUAACUACCAUGAAACAGGAAACUACAAGUCAAAAGCCAAGUACCACUCAGGUGCCAACUACGACUCAGGAGCCAGCUACCACUCAAGAGAUAACUACCAUAGAGCAACUUACUACCACAAAACAGGAUACCACAAGUCAAAAGCCAAGUACAACUCAAAUGCCAACUACGACUCAGGAGCCAGCUACCACUCAAGAGACAACUACCAUAGAGGAACUAACUACCACAAAACAGGAAACCACAAGUCAAAAGCCAAGUACAACUCAGGUGCCAACUACGACUCAGGAGCCAGCUACCACUCAAGAGACAACUACCAUAGAGAAACUAACUACCAUAAAACAGGAAACCACAAGUCAAAAGCCAAGUACAACUCAGGUGCCAACUACGACUCAAGAACCAGCUACCACUCAAGAGACAACUACCAUAGAGGAACUAACUACCAUAAAACUGGAAACCACAAGUCAAAAGCCAAGUACGACUCAGGAGCCAGCUACCACUAAAGAGACAACUACCAUAGAGGAACUAACUACCACAAAACAGGAAACCACAAGUCAAAAGCCAAGUACAACUCAGGUGCCAACUACGACUCAGGAGCCAGCUACCACUCAAGAGACAACUACCAUAGAGGAACUAACUACCAUAAAACAGGAAACCACAAGUCAAAAGCCAAGUACAACUCAGAUGCCAACUACGACUCAAGAACCAGCUACCACUCAAGAGACAACUACCAUAGAGGAACUAACUACCAUAAAACAGGAAACUACAAGUCAAAAGCCAAGUACCACUCAGGUGCCAACUACGACUCAGGAGCCAGCUACCACUCAAGAGAUAACUACCAUAGAGCAACUUACUACCACAAAACAGGAUACCACAAGUCAAAAGCCAAGUACAACUCAAAUGCCAACUACGACUCAGGAGCCAGCUACCACUCAAGAAACAACUACCAGAGAGGAAAUAACUACCACGAAACAGGACACCACAAGUCAAAAGCCAAGUACCACUCAGGUGCCAACUACGAUUCAGGAGCCAGCUACCACUCAAGAGACUACUACAAUAGAUGAACUAACUACUAUACAAAAGGAAACUACAAGUCAAAAGCCAAGUACGACUCAGGUGCCAACCACGACUCAGGAACCAGCUACCACUCAAGAAACAACUACCAGAGCGGAAAGAACUACCACAAAACAGGACACCACAAGUCAAAAGCCAAGUACAACUCAGGUGCCAACUACGACUCAGGAGUCAGCUACCACUCAAGAGGCUACUACAAUAGAUGAACUAACUACUAUACAAAAGGAAACUACAAGUCAAAAGUCAAGUACGACUCAGGUGCCAACCACGACUCAAGAACCAGCUACCACUCAAGAGACAACUACCAUAGAGGAACUUACUACCAUAAAACAGGAAACCACAAGUCAAAAGCCAAGUACAACUCAGGUGCCAACUACGACUCAAGAACCAGCUACCACUCAAGAGACAACUACCAUAGAGGAACUAACUACCAUAAAACAGGAAACCACAAGUCAAAAGCCAAGUACGACUCAGAUGCCAACUACGACUCAGGAACCAGCUACGACUCGAGAGACUACUACAAUAGAUGUACUAACUACUAUACAAAAGGAAACUACAAGUCAAAAGCCAAGUACGACUCAGGUGCCAACUACGACUCAAGAGCCAGCUACCACUCAAGAGACAACUACCAUAGAGGAACUAACUACCACAAAACAGGACACCACAAGUCAAAAGCCAAAUACAACUCAGAUGCCAACUACGACUCAAGAACCAGCUACCACUCAAGAGACAACUACCAUAGAGGAACUAACUACCAUAAAACAGGAAACCACAAGUCAAAAGCCAAGUACGACUCAGGUGCCAACUACGACUCAGGAGCCAGCUACCACUCAAGAGACAACUACCAUAGAGGAACUAACUACCACAAAACAGGAAACCACAAGUCAAAAGCCAAGUACAACUCAAAUGCCAACAACGACUCAAGAACCAGCUACCACUCAAGAAACAACUACCAGAGAGGAAAUAACUACCACAAAACAGGACACCACAAGUCAAAAGCCAAGUACAACUCAGGUGCCAACUACGACUCAAGAACCAGCUACCACUCAAGAGACAACUACCAUACAGGAACUAACUACCAUAAAACAGGAAACCACAACUACCACUCAAGAGACAACUACCAGAGAGGAAAUAACUACCACAAAACAAGACACCACAAGUCAAAAGCCAAGUACAACUCAGGUGCCAACUACGACUCAAGAACCAGCUACCACUCAAGAGACAACUACCAUAGAGGAACUAACUACUAUAAAACAGGAAACCACAACUACCACUCAAGAGACAACUACCAAAGAGGAACUAACUACCACAAAACAGGAAACCACAAGUCAAAAGCCAAGUACGACUCAGGUGCCAACUACGACUCAAGAGCCAGUUACCACUCAAGAGACAACUACCAUAGAGGAACUAACUACCAUAAAACAGGAAACCACAACUACCACUCAAGAAACAACUACCAGAGAGGAAAUAACUACCACAAAACAGGACACCACAAGUCAAAAGCCAAGUACAACUCAGGUGCCAACUACGACUCAAGAACCAGCUACCACUCAAGAGACAACUACCAUACAGGAACUAACUACCAUAAAACAGGAAACCACAAGUCAAAAGCCAAGUACAACUCAAAUGCCAACAACGAGUCAGGAACCAGCUACCACUCAAGAGACAACUACCAGAGAGGAAAUAACUACCACGAAACAGGACACCACAAGUCAAAAGCCAAGUACAACUCAGGUGCCAACUACGACUCAGGAACCAGCUACGACUCGACAGACUACUACAAUAGAUGAACUAACUACUGUACAAAAGGAAACUACAAGUCAAAAGCACACUACGAGUCAGGAGCCAACUACUGCCCGAGAGACAACUACUACUCAAAAACAAACUACUAUAGAAUGGGGAACUACAAGUAAAAAUGUAACUACUACUCAAGAGGUUAGUACUACUGAACAGACAACAAACACUACUGAUGAAACUUCCACCCAAAAGCAAACUACGACUCAGGAGCCAUAUACCACUCGAGAAACAGCUACUACUGAAGAACUAACUACUAUACAAGGGGAAACUACUAACAAAAAUCCAACUACCACUCAAGACGAGUUGAGUACGACUAUAGAAACAACUACCACUGUUGCGCCAACUACCACCCAAAAUCCGACUACAACUCAGGAGCCAGCCACUACUCGAGAAGCAACUGCUACUGAGGAACUAACUACUGUACAAGAGGGAAAUACAAGUCAAAAGCCAACUACGAAUCAAGGAUCAACUACAACCAGUAUAACAACUACAACUACGGGGGCUACAAUACCAACUUCUACUUCGGUUACAACGCCACGGCCUCCUAUAAUAGAAUCAUCGCGCCUCUCGAUAUCUAUUUUGCUUGUAAAAAUAAAGAAAUUUUUUCGGUAG